UGUUCCUGCCACCACCAUGGAUGUCUUCAAGAAGGGCUUCUCCAUCGCCAAGGAGGGUGUGGUGGGCGCUGUGGAAAAGACCAAGCAGGGGGUGACAGAAGCGGCUGAGAAGACCAAGGAGGGUGUGAUGUAUGUGGGAGCGAAGACCAAGGAGGGUGUCGUGCAGAGCGUGACCUCAGUGGCUGAGAAGACCAAGGAGCAGGCCAAUGCAGUGAGUGAGGCCGUGGUCACCAGCGUCAACACUGUGGCCACCAAGACCGUGGAGGAGGCAGAGAACAUCGCGGUCACCACUGGAGUGGUGCGCAAGGAGGAACUGAAGCAGCCUGCUCCCACACAGGAGGACGAGGCAGCCAAAGUGGAAGAGGAAGCGGCUGAAGAGGCCAAAAGUGGGGGAGACUAAAGGGCUGCAAGUCAGCCUUGGAGACCCAGAAGAACACCCCUCUGCCUUGGACCCAUCUUCUCCUGGCACAGGAGUGCCGGUCCUGGAGUGUGACCUUCGAUGUGGCCCAUGCUUCCCAUGCCAGUACCCAGCCACCACAGGCCUGUCCUUUCAUGCUGCUGCUAUUUUCACCUCUCUCCCUUGACC